AUGUUGAAUUUCAAUGAAACCAUACUCCUUUUCCCAAUAAACUGCUAUAAUUUACUACUGGCGAGCCGGAUCGCCCACCGAUCAGACAGAAGAAAGUACGGCGGGCGCGGGAUGAUAGCGGCGGAGGCUGCGACCGGCCGGACCGGUUAUGCUAAACCCCAUUGUGGUCAGUUUUUGUACCCGGACCCCCGCCUCCUCAUACCAGUACCCCGGAAACCUUAUUGCGAACGUUCCGCGAACGAA